UCCCAAAUAAGCCCACACGUUGUCCAUUCGACACACGGUCGACCUCAGCCAUAAUGCAGCAGCUAGUUAAGUCAGCCACAACGCGAUAUUGCAUAAACCCCUCAUAAACCUUCCUACGAUCGUACCGGGCACUCACACUCGUUCCGCAAACGCGCGCGCGCGCCAUUCGCGUUCAGAGAACGGAUACCUGCCGCUGAAACUGAGACUCGUGAGUUAAGGCUGGUGGUUCCGAAGUCGAAAAAUACCAACAACAGCUUGGAGGGAAACUGCAGUCGAGUAGCAACCAGGAACCGCGCUACUUGUCCGCGGUAGACCAAAAGUUCGAUUUGGAUUUAUUUUCGAGAGUUAUGUUAAGCUGAAGUAACUAGAAUGACUAAUUGUAAGAUGUACAUUGUAGUUAUAAUGCUCGGAUUACUAGCCGAAACCGUACUUUCCAUCACCACCAAUAAUGUGAAGAAAGUGACCAUUAGUGGAAGUCAAAACGCGCAAAGCUUAACAUUUUCGUCGAACGGUGAGGAUCAACUUAUUUUCAGAGAUGCAACGUUCCAAGUUAGGAACGAUGAUUCUCAAGCGAGCACUGACCCAUUGGGAAAUAUUGAUGUUAGACAAAUGGCAGAGUCUAAUUGGCGGCCAAUGUACCAGCAAGCUUCAUUGGAUAAGCAGGAAAAUACUUUACCACAAGCGGUUACGACCAAGCCUCCGACCGUGAUCGUAAAGCCAUCUAGUAGAGCAACCAAAUUCUAUCAGUUCUCUGAAAUGGAUGUAAUGCGUGUGCCUGCUAGUGAUCAAGUGAAACGAAGUGAUGAAGUGCCUUCGAAAAUUGCGAGUGAAAAAUGGCGAGUUGAAGACGAAUCGUCGCUGGCCAAAAAUAUUUCCAAUUGGACAGAUAUUUCUCCCAGAAUGUUACCGUUCGAGGAAUCGGAUAGAAUGAAAUUCGAUGAUCACUCACCAGAUACCAUCAAUAGUUUAACCCAGGUCGCCAGCUUAGACCACGCUGAGGCUCGGAUUUUGAAAAGCAGUGAAAAUGACUCUCCUAUCGAUGAGGAUGAAUCAUCAUCUGAGAGGAAUUCUAGUAGAUUUUUCAGGUUCGAGGAUUCUGAUCGAAAGGUUGAAAGAACAAGGAUAGCACAUGGUCCUGUUGGUCCAAGUAAAUACUAUGAUAAUAGUUCAUCUGGAACAAGGAUAGCAUUUCCUAAGAACGACGGUGAUCUGAGUAACAUCGAGCCACAUCGCUCUUAUGAGACAAUCAACUUCUACGAGACAGAUAGUAGACCUCAAGUUGUUUCAAAUAAUAAAAACCUCUACGAUCGGAAGGAAUCGUAUCCACUGAAAUUUAGAGAAGAUGUUAUUUCUCAACCACAUUCUGACCAUGAUCAGUUUUACACCGUGAAAGCGACGAUACAAAUCGGUGAUUGGAAUGACCGCGCAAUCACUCCUCCUCCUCCUGUUACUGUGAGUACUAGAAGACCGAGAAAGAAGAAAGGCAGAAUCUAUAACCAUCCUGAUGUCGAUAAUAGAAAGCAAGAUGGUUUAAACUAUCAACAAACCGCUCUACACGACAACUAUAUCGGUUAUCCUUCACAACAAUCGCAAGUCUCUGGUUUCCAAUAUCAACCCAACCCCCAACAAUCUUCAAACAACCCGUACUACCAAUAUCAGGGAAAUCCGUAUCCUCAAUUGGAUCCAAACGGGUAUUAUUACCAGCAGUAUUUGAACAAUUACCAACCACAGCAGCCCAAUCGAUAUCAACAACCAGCUGGCGGUGGAUUACCCUCCUACUAUCAACAGCAGAACGUUCCAAUAAAUGCGGCACCUGGAGCCCAAUCGGGAAAUCCGUUGAACGCCCAAAGCAUAUUUGGUUUCUUGCAGAGUAUUUUCAACUUUGCUCCCGGAACAUUCGGCAAUUUUCCGCCCCCAGCACCGGUUAAUGGCGGCAAUGGAGGACUCCUGCCGAAUGUCGGAGAGGGAUCCCCUUUAGUGAGUCUGAGUUCCCAACUCCGGAAAGCAUUGGACAACAUUGCCGAAAAUGACGAUCAGCAGUGUGUGCCCAAACUCAUCUGUAUGAUGUCGAGACGGUCAAGUGGACAAGGCUUCGAAACCUACGUCAACAGAGGAUUGUUGAGCACAGUUCUCAAUGCCGUGCCUGAUGGUGCGCCAUGGCUAAAAUUUUCCAGAGCGGCUUUGCUCGGAUACGGUAUCGGUGCCAACAGCUGUGAUGUAUACUAUCCCAAGUGUCCCAAGGAUGAGUCUGAGAUAAUAUACUAUCUCAAUAACCAUCGAGGAGGGUUCUUCCGCUUUUUCAACGACGGUCAGAACGGCGUGAAUUGAAGUUGAAAGUUGUGCCAAUUUUAGUGUUCGUUUUAAUAAUUUAAAAAAUAUUUAUUGUUUGCUGGUUCUGUCAAUAAGUUAACUAAUUAUCUGAAUAAAUGAAAUCCAGACG